CCGUGUGGUGCUCAGGAAAUAAUGAAAUAUGGCGGCGGCGGUGUCAACAAGAAUGGUGGCGCGAAUGGCCUCGUAAACUUUGAUAUAUAAGAGGGGAAAAUCGCUCUUAGCGAAUCGCCACAUUCCCAGCACAACGAGAAAGGCCAAUUUAGAGGGAUGACAUCCAUUGUUAAGUUUGAGGGCAUUUGGGGCGUGGGCCAGGAGACGCCGCACUGUUACCUCCUAACUGUUGAUGACUUCACCUUCCUCCUCGACUGUGGCUGGGAUGAGAAGUUUGACAAAAAUUAUAUUGACCGGCUGGCAAAGGUCAUUCCACGCGUUGAUUGCGUUUUGAUAUCAUAUCCCGACCCUCUACACAUGGGUGCCUUGCCAUACUUGGUAGGAAAGUGCCAAUUGUCAUGCCCGGUGUAUGCUACCAUACCUGUCUUCAAGAUGGGCCAGAUGUUCAUGUAUGAUUGGUUUCAGAGCCACCAUAACUAUGAUUUGGUGGAACACUUUACACUGGACGAUGUGGACUCUGCCUUUGAGCUCAUCACACAAAUCAAGUACAACCAGAGCAUACCAAUGAGAGGAAAGGGAAUUGGACUGAAUAUUUCUGCCCAGCCUGCAGGUCACAUGAUUGGAGGCUCCAUAUGGAGAAUAUUGAAAGAUGGAGAAGGUGAUAUUGUGUAUGCUGUUGAUUUCAACCACAAGAAAGAACGUCAUUUGGGAGGCUGUGAGUUGGACAAGAUCACUCGCCCAUCUCUCCUUAUUACUGAUGCCUUUAAUGCUUCGUACAGACAGGAACGUAGACGCCACCGAGAUGAAAAGCUUGUAGCCCAGCUCCAGGAGACGUGCCGGGCAGGAGGAAAUGUUCUGAUAGCCACUGACACGGGCGGGCGCGUAUUGGAAAUGACACACAUGCUAGAGCAAAUGUGGAGUACUCGGGAGAGCGGAUUGUCUGCAUAUUCCUUGUGUAUCCUGUCAAACACAGGGUACCACGUCAUACAUUUUGCCAAACAGAUGAUUGAGUGGAUGAGUGAGAAGUUGACUAAAGCUUUUGACUCGCUGCGAACAAACCCGUUUAGCUUCAAACAUCUAAAGUUCUGCCAUAAUCUCACGGACCUCAACCGUCUUCCUUCUCCGAAGGUUGUGUUGGCUAGCUUUCCUGACCUGGAAUGUGGAUAUGCCCGAGAACUGUUUGUUCAGUGGGCCACCAAUCCUAAGAACACUAUCAUCUUGACCUCAAGGACGGGCCCAGACACGCUGGCAAGACGACUUAUAGAAAACCCACAUAUUAAAACUUUUAAACUUCUUGAGAAGAGAAGAAUGAAGCUGGAGGGACCCGAGUUGGAUGACCACUACCGGCAGAAGCGAGAAGAGGAGGAGGAAGAACAGAGGAUCAAAAUGGAAGAGGUAGAAUCAUCAAGCGACAGUGAAGGCGAGGAAGGGCUGGAGGCGGGCAAGCAUGACAUUAUUGUGCUACAUGAAAAAGCUGGUACCCAGAGCAUGUUUCGAAGUCGUAAACACCAUCCCAUGUUUCCUUUACAUGAAGAAAAGGUACGAGGCGAUGACUACGGAGAGUUCAUUAACCUUGAAGACUUUGACAUAGGAUCCAUGAAGGAAGAAAAUAAGGAGAAUAUAGAUAUACAAAUUCCUUUUGAAGACGAGGAUAUUAUGGAUAUUGAGGAGGUACCAUCGAAAUGUGUGUCACAAACGGUAACUGUCAGAGUUGCAGCCCAGAUUCUCUUCAUUGACUUCGAGGGUCGCAGUGAUGGCGAGAGUAUUCGUAAGAUUGUGGAGGCAAUGCAUCCACUAAGAGUGAUCCUGGUGAGAGGCUCCCAAACAGACCUACAAGCUUUUUCCGACAACAUCCGCACCAUGACUCGAGCAAAGGUGUUCACCCCAACCCUCGGGCAGGUUGUUAAUGCCUCAAUGGAGUCCCACAUUUACCAAAUCAAGCUUGCAGAAUCAUUGGUUUCAUCACUUAUGCUGCUGCCUGCAGGGCGUGACAUGGAGGUAGCCUGGGUAGAUGGCUGUGUUUCUUUCCCGGCAGAAAUCACUGAUGAAACAAUAGAAGGGGCUGACAGACAAGUUAUCUCCAGUGAAAAUCAGCGCGAUAGUGAAAUGGCAGUGCUCAAUUUGGUCCCAAAAGAACAGGCACCCCCUCAUUGUCCGGUCUUCAUCAAUGAUAUUCGGCUGAGUGAAUUCAAGCAGGUUCUUAGUCGAGCAGGAAUAAAUUCAGAAUUUAAUGCUGGUAUUCUGUGGUGCGCUAAUGGCACCUUGGCUCUCAAAAAACAAGAUUCUGGCAGCAUAUCCCUAGAAGGCCCGCUAAGUUCCGAUUACUAUGAAAUUCGUGAGCUUCUGUAUUCUCAAUAUGCAAUACUGUAAUGAACAUUCAUUAACUGCAAUGAAGGAUCUGCAGAAUAGAGGUUAACUGAAUUUUAAUUAAUCUAUGAUUUUUAAUUAUCAUGGCAGCAUGUAACAUGACCAAAAUAAGGUAGCACAAACAUCACACACACACACACACUGGUAUAAGCGGACAAUUUUUGGAGCGAGACUGCAACUGCUGUCUACAUAAUGUACCACUGAUGUAACUGUGUAGCCCAAUGUUAUGUCAUAUUACUCAUAGUUAGCAUGUAUGAUAAAGAUUGUUAACUUUAUAUUGAGUGGGAUGUAAACAGGGACACAGGGUAUUGAGUGGGAUGUAAACAGGGACACAGGGUAUUGAGUGGGAUGUAAACAGGGACACAGGGUAUUGAGUGGGAUGUAAACAGGGACACAGGGUAUUGAGUGGGAUGUAAACAGGGACACAGGGUAUUGAGUGGGAUGUAAACAGGGACACAGGGUAUUGAGUGGGAUGUAAACAGGGACACAGGGUAUUGAGUGGGAUGUAAACAGGGACACAGGGUAUUGAGUGGGAUAUUGGGAAGUCUGAUUUACCGAUUGAUUGCCAGUGAGGAAGUUAAAUUUGUUUAUAUUUACCAGGUUAAAAAAAAAAAUAUCCAAAAAUACAAGUACAGUAUAUUGUCUGUCCUAAAUAUUUUGAGAAGAUAUCAUAGGUAUUGCUCCAAGUUUCCUCAUAGAUAAUGUGAUUAUCAUUUACAUGUUGAAAAGUUGCAAGAAUAGUUUACAGAUAAGAAUAAAAUAAAAUGUUUUUAUAAAAAAUACAUUAAAGAUGUACAAAAAAUACAAGUGCUAAACUUUA